CACCGACCCGAACUAAAGAUGGUGAAGGAGAUUUUUGAUAUCGCAGUUUCAACUAACAAGAAGGAGGAGAAGGAGCUAGAACACAAGGGCUAUACCAAAAUUCCUGUUAAUCUAAAUCCAGAAAAUAAACCAGACGGAACCUACCUUUGGUACAGUCACAAAAUGAAACACACCGACAGCAAACCGAUCACCAGGAUCCAGUUUUCCUUCACAGAGGGAAUGGAAAAAGGUCUAAUAGCUCAAAACUACCAGAAGGUCUUCAUAGGUUCUUGUGGUGGUCCUCGUCCAUGCAUCGUCUACGUGUGGUACUUCCAAGGUACCACCAAGUAUGAUAUUCCAAUCGAAGACCUUUGGAUCUCCCCUGACCUAAAAGCUGAUGCUGAAAAGUUUAAAUUGCCCUGCUGGGAGAGGUCCGCCUUCAACCUGAACAUGGCUGGAGGAACUCCGUACCACCUGUGGAUGAAGAGGUCAAAACAACCCUAUAUCUGUGAUGUCACCGCAACUGAUAACUUUGAUUUCGAUGCCGAGUUGUUCGGUCAAGGUUACAUCCGAAUUGACGAAAACACCAACAGAGGCUCUGGCGUGACGCCAGUCUUCAUCUGGUACAGAGAGACCAUUGAGAACGAGGACUUUAUCAAAGAUCUGCAGAUUUUCACUAAUCAGGAAGAGGUUAACAACCUGGGGAAGCAAUAUUAUCAGCUAGUGAGAAUCAACCUGGAUAAGGGCGGAGCCAAUGUGUUUCUUUGGUUCAAAAAAGAGUCUGGAAAAGAAGCCAUCUCUUUGGUCACUCUGGUGGGCUUAGCUGAAGUUCCUCUGGUUAAACCCAAUGCCACGGUCAUCCAGAAGAACGUCAAUGAGGAAAAUAAAUGCUUCUCAGUAUUCUUGUGUUUUAAGUAGAGAAGCUCCUCCUCCUUCCUGAGCUCAGUGAAAGGAAACAAUCACUCAUAUUGUUCUGGUAAUAAUAAUAAUAAUAUAAUAAUCCAUUAUAUCAUAUUUCUGUCUCUUAGAUCUUCUGGUUUCUGUUUCUGACUCUGAUUUUCCUGUUUGAAUAAAGACG